AUGGCGCAGUACGAUAAACGCCGUGCCAACGGGCCGGAAGAUACGUACCUGCCAGUAUUCGACCUCUCGGUGCAUCCUUCCGCACCUGAAGGCUCUGUAUGGGUGAUCGACGAGCACCGCUUGCUUACUGAGCCCAAACUGAUACCCCCGUCAGAGCUGGCCUUGCAGACCAUGGCGCUCGGUGUCGAUUUGCCGAGUGCCGAGCGGAUCGAUAUUAGGCCAAUACAUGUGCAGCCUGGGAUUAUUCCAAACGCGAGUGGUAGUGCGCUCCUGGAAUGUGGAAGUACGAAAAUUGCUUGUGCAGUGUAUGUGCGUGGUCGGCAGUAUGCGGGUAAAGCGGAAUUGAACGUGAAUGUGGACAUGUCGCCGUUCUCGCGCACGGUACGUUGCAAGCCCGGCAAGGAUGCAGAAGCGCCGGGGCUUGCAGCGCUGGUCGAGCAGGCUCUGCUCCCUUCGAUUCGACUUGAGCUGCUUCCUAAAUCGUCGAUUGACGUGUACGUAAAUGUGCUGGACAUGGAUACCACCGAGCUUGGGUGCGUCGCGCUGGCAAUCACAGCGGCUAGCGCAGCGCUGGCAGAAUCGGGUAUUGAAAUGUACGGCCUCGUGACGAGCGCCGCUGCGUGUGCAAUUCCUUCGCUUCCGCGCGACAAUGCAUGCGUUCAGCAAUGGGUCGUCGAUCCAUCCAGGGACGAGGCUGCGCAAGCAAGCACGCAUAUGCUUAUCGCUACAAUGCCUGCGCUCGAUCUAUACGAGACAGCGGCGCUUUCUCAAGUAUCCGAGAUGCUCGUUGCUGCCACUGGAAAGCUGCACGGCAUUGCCGCACAGUCGCUCUUUUUGUUGGCGCAUGGCGCGUGCACGUAG